AUGAGCGACGGCGGAUUAGGGAGGGAAAGGGAGGAGACCCGCACCAACACAGCAAGGCGAUGGCCGGGGGGAGGAAUCAGACGGUGGGAAGGAAGAGGACGAGAUGGAGGAGGCGGAAGAGAGGGAGGAGAAGAAGGUGAUGGUGGUGGUGGUGGUGGUGGUGGUGAGAGCGACUGGGGGAACUUUUCGAGGGGAAACGGCCUGCGACAAAGUCCGGUGGUCGAUGAAGAUAGAGUUAAAAAGGAAGAGAAGACGGGAAUGACGGGGAUGAGUUGGCCAGGCCAAGAUGACGGUGUGGGAAUACCUCUCAGCGCCCGUCAGGCGUCGUAA